AUGGCGUUUGGUAUCUCCAUGACCGAAGCCAUUCUCGCCUUCUGCUCCUCCUCCUCAGGUACCGUGGCACGUGCAGCGUGGCACGUGCAGCGUAUGGGUGGGGCACGUGCAGCGUAUGGGUGUGGCACGUGCAGCGUAUGGGUGUGGCACGUGCAGCGUAUGCGUGUGGCACGUGCAGCGUAUGGGUGUGGCACGUGCAGCGUAUGCGUGUGGCACGUGCAGCGUAUGGGUGUUGUGUUUGGCAUCGCCAUGACUGAGAGUACAUCCUCUCUGCUCCACCUCUCUUCGUCUUCGCUCAACCCGUGUGACUGUGAUUGUACCGUUUCUGUCGCUUCCCAUCUCGACAGGGCGACCGGAUAUGCCAAGUGGGUGCACCUGGCGUGGCAGGCAAUCGCACUUAUCCUGAUGGCAGUGGGGAUGGCGGCUAUCAUUGCCUCCAAGGGGACGAAGCACAAGCACAUGUACUCCGUGCACACCUACUGUGGCGUGCUCACUCUCGCACUCUUUGCUGUCCAGUUCAUGUGGGGCCUGUGUGCGUUCGUGCUGUUCAAGAGCCACCUGUCGGAAGCAACACGGUACCAGAUGGGCACGUACCACAUUCUACUCGGCAAGUUCACCUACUAUGCCGGCAUCGGGACGUGCGUGAACGGGUUCUCAGUCAUGCAGGUGAUGAUGGUGGAUGCGGGACAGCCGCACUACGGCAGUGUGAGCAUGGCGCAGAGCUGGGCGUCGCUCUUCCUCUGGUUCACCUGCGCUGCUGUGUUCGGCGCCAUGACCACUUGCAGGACCGCCGAGCUCGUUACCGACUCUGAUGAGAAGGAAGAUGCAAAGAAUAUUGCGGUGUAG